CUAAAACGUAACGUGUAGUAGAACCUCGUAUUUUGGCUGACGUUUCCAUAGCCGUAGCGUCAUGACGUCAGAGAAACCAUGAUAACGUGCUGAAGAAAAACAUCAACACUAGCAGAUUCCAACAGACACAGGACAGAUGCAUCUAAAAGGUCGGAAAAAUAAAUCGAGAUGGACAAGGAAGAUGGGGAUACGCCAGAUGCUGCGUGCCCAAGAGACUCAGCGGACGGCUAUUCGGGAGUUGGAUGUGAGAGUUCAGAGCUUGUCAUCGCAGAGAGAGACAUCCGACGCCGACACACUACAGUCCAUGACGGGCGGCCAACAGAAGCAAUUUUUCCAAACUUGGAUUGGCAGAGACAACCCAUUUAAUGAAGCCGGGGCUGCCGACAGAGAAUUAGACAGAAUCAGAGACCAGCAAAAAGUCAUUGAGAAAUGGAAUCAGAAAUGGAAGACGGCGAGAAUAUCGCAUGGAGACACAAACCACAAGCCACAGCACCAGCGAUCAAAAGAAGGGAACGUUAACAUGACCUACAUCAAUACCUAUGUGAGAGCAGUGAUCGAGUCGGCCUAUUUACUUUGGUACUGGGAAGUCUGUCUUCGGGAUAACGUUGGAGAUUAUAAGAGUACGCCAAGAUUGAUAUAAACACAAGAUGCUGUGCAUUGACCGAUGUCGAAGAAAUUAGAAUACUUUGAUACACAAGUUUUAGAACUUUUUUUUUUUAACCAUUUAAACUUUCUUACCCAUUAUUUUUAACAAUUUACACAGGUUUCUUUAUACUCUUUUUGUACAUAUUUUCCUUCUUAUGAUGAUAAUUUAUUGCAGGCUGUAUUU